GGGUAUGUCUGGGGGCGAGCCCGGGGCGGGACGGACGCCAAGCCGGCCCACUGAGCCGGCGCGGGCGGGCUGCUGAGGUGGCUGUCCCCCGCUCAGCGGCUUCUCGGGUCGAGCCCCCGAUGGAGGCCGAAGCCGCAGAUGCCCCUCCGGGCCGAGUGGAGGCAGCGCUCAGCUGCUUCUCUUUCAACCAAGACUGCACAUCCCUAGCGAUUGGAACCAAGGCCGGUUACAAGCUGUUUUCUCUGAGUUCUGUGGAGCAACUUGACCAAGUCCAUGGAAGCAAUGAAAUCCCUGACGUGUAUAUUGUGGAACGCCUCUUCUCCAGCAGCCUCGUUGUGGUGGUCAGUCACACAAAACCUCGGCAGAUGAACGUGUACCACUUCAAGAAAGGCACUGAGAUCUGUAAUUACAGCUACUCCAGCAACAUUUUGUCUAUUCGGCUGAACCGACAGAGGCUGCUGGUCUGCCUGGAAGAAUCCAUCUAUAUCCACAACAUUAAAGAUAUGAAGCUACUGAAGACCCUUCUGGAUAUCCCCUCAAACCCAACAGGUCUCUGUGCCCUCUCUAUCAACCAUUCCAACUCUUACCUGGCCUAUCCUGGAAGCCAGAGUACAGGCGAGAUUGUUCUCUACGAUGGAAACUCCCUGAAAACAGUGUGCACCAUUGCUGCCCACGAGGGAACACUGGCUGCCAUCACCUUCAACUCCUCGGGCUCCAAGCUAGCAAGUGCGUCUGAAAAAGGCACUGUCAUCCGAGUGUUCUCUGUUCCUGAGGGGCAGAAGCUCUAUGAGUUUCGUCGAGGAAUGAAAAGGUAUGUGACAAUCAGCUCUCUGGUGUUCAGUAUGGACUCUCAGUUCCUUUGUGCCUCCAGCAACACGGAGACCGUGCACAUCUUCAAGUUGGAACACCUGACCGACAGCCGCCCAGAAGAGCCUUCCACCUGGAGCGGCUACAUGGGAAAGAUGUUCAUGGCAGCUACCAACUACCUCCCCGCCCAGGUGUCGGACAUGAUGAACCAGGACAGGGCUUUCGCCACAGGACGCCUGAACUUCUCUGGGCAGAAGAACAUUUGCACCCUGUCCACGAUCCAGAAACUACCGCGGCUGCUAGUGGCCUCCUCUGACGGACACCUUUACAUCUACAACUUGGACCCUCAGGAUGGAGGAGAAUGCGUCUUAAUCAAAACCCACAGCUUGCUUAGCUCAGGAACAACAGAAGAGAACAAAGAAAAUGACCUCAGACCUUCCUUACCUCCAUCUUACGCUGCAACUGUAGCAAGGCCCAGCACAUCCGCAGCCUCCACAGUGCCAGGGUACUCUGAGGAUGGAGGGGCGCUCCGAGGAGAAGUUAUUCCGGAACACGAGUUUGCAACGGGACCAGUGUGUCUUGACGACGAGAAUGAGUUUCCCCCUAUGGAUACAAUGAAUGCCAGGUCAGGACCUGCGGAAUAGACAGGAGUGGCCCUGUGGCCUCUGAGGUGGGUGACGCUCCUUUUCAUGUGACUUUCAGACUGGCUUCGUAGAUUUCAGUUUGAAAUGAACAGUUUUAGACUUUUCUAGGCAAGUUGCCAAAUACAUAGCAAGCAAGUGACAGUUAUGUAUUAAUGGUGCAAAGAAGUAGUUCUUUAAAAAAAAAAAAACUAAUUAUACAUUUGAAGACAGCCGUUGGCCCACUGCCUAACAGUUGCCUUUGGGCUCCGCGAUGCCUCCCUAGAACUAGAGGGAGUUUUUCUGUCUUCUGAAAGUUGUUUACCUAACUAUGUAACUGGUAUUACAUCUUUUAGGGGCCUGAGGACUCUCCGUCAGACUGUGGGUACAAACAUGACCACAGCGUCCUGUUCUGGGAUGGUCAGAUGUUCACUCAGUUCUGUUUUAGCAAUUUUGGUAAAAGCCUGAGGCUGCUGUAGAAGAUUGAUGCCUCACAAGUUGAGUUAGGGUCUUCAGUGUAGACAGGACAGACCUUGCAGCCUCCUUACUUACAGAAUUAGAGGAAUCUGAACAUGGGCAAGUAGGAGGGGUCUCUAACCCUCUGCUAGAGAAAACUCGUCUAAAAUAGUAACCCCAAAUGAGCCAUUUUCCUCGAGGGGAGGAGACUCAGAGAGGCGUAGUUUAAGAACUAGUGUUGACGGGUACGGAUUAAUGAUGGUGUGUUUGCCUAGCCUGUAAGAGGCUCUGAGUUCCAUGCACACACACACAUCCAAAAAUACUAACAUUUAAAUGUGCCUUGAGGCAUCAUGCUCACCUAGACACUGAUAGAAAGCCGGGUACGAACCAGCUGUCCUGUCCCUUUCUUUAGGAGCAAAUUUGUGAAGCUGACUUAAGCUGCAUUUAGAAUUCUUGUCUAGGCUAGGGAAGUGACUAGCUCAGGAGGCAACAGGCACUGGGUUCCAGUCCCAGCUUCAAAAAAAAAAAACAAAAAAACAAAAAAUAAAAGUUGUUGAUGCACAAGAAAUUCUCCCUGCCAGCUAGACAAGUUCCUUGAGUCGUUAAGAGUCCAGCUAGUGUGGGGUAGCCUCUCUGGAUGCCACAGGUGCUAGGUGUUAUGGUGGCUGCCAGGCCAGGCCUGUCCCACAGCCUGCAGGUAGAUGGAGAAGAGGAGCUGAUAUUCAGAGUGAGGUCCUGGUUCAGCAGCGGACAGGCUUCCCUGUCUCCAGGUACAAGGACCAGAGGUGAGAGUGAUGCUGGCUACAGCAUCAAAUGUGCCAUCUCAGCCAUGUCUCUGUAGCUUAAGUGUUCAGCUGGGCUUGCUGGGAAAGCCCCUUUUGCCUUUAUUCUGCAGUGUACGCCUCUUGCAAAUAUUUCCCCAGAAACCAUAUCUUCAUUCACCAUCCUUUAAAAAGCCUGUAAGACUGCAAAAGGAUCUUAAGAGUCUUAGCCUAGCCCAAAUCACUCCCCUUUUGGAUAGUAAUGUCAGGCUCACUGGUAGAGUUGGCCUUUGGGCCUCUGGGCUCUGCCUUAAGCCCAGGAGUCAUCACUAGUUUCCUCUAUAAAGUAGACUGACACUGCCCUCCUAAUACCACUCUCCUUUCUGGGAUUGACUUUGCCUCAAGACCAGCAAGAGAAAAGCAAGUUCGGCAUCUCUGGUCCCCUGGGCAAAGGUCUGAGGAGGGCCAGCAGCUCCUGCUUCCCUAGCGAGCCAGCCUACAAUCUGUGUAUUCUGUGACACUAACGUUAGUUAACAUUGUGAGCAAGAGAACGGCCGACUCAGACCAAGAACAUAACGCUGGCUUUCUGUGUUCUCUUUAGAGUCAUUAAGCAGUCAGUGUUUACAAGUAAGAUGAGCCUUUUUGAAAACCUGCACAUAUGCACACAAGCACACGUGCAUACACCCAGUUUGUAAACAGUAUUGUCGGGAUCUGUGCUAUAGUUAUAUACGCCUUCAUGGGAUGGGUGGAUUUCUCCCAUGGCCAUAAAUAAGGGUCAGUCUGUGGUCAUACAUCAAAGUGCCAAGGGUCUAGACUUCCAUGCUGACCCACCCUAGCACAGACCCCUGGGUAGCCCAGCCUGCCUCCUGAAAUCUCUCCUGAGACGAGUAAGGCCAUAUUCUGUUUUGAUUUUGGUAGAUAAUCUUGUGCCGUGGAAGUCAGAAGGGCAAAACGAAGCAGUCCUGACAAGAAGCCUACCUCAGAAGGCAGGACAACCCCUGUCAGGUGGUUUUGGAGAGAACAAGGAAAGUGGAAGAAACGGAAUGCAAUCAAUGCUGUGGGCAGAGAGGGGAGGGAGGCAGGCAUCCUGGGCGCCUCACCGCCUGAGCCAUAGACCGUGGUUAGCCCCCGACCCAAGCCCCUCAGCCUUGGCUGCCAGUGGGCAAGGAGAAGGCUGGAGUCACACCAUGCAAUUUAAAAGACCUUUAAGCCACAGUGUAAAUGCUAACUAACCAUAUUGGUAUAUAACCGGAAUUUUAUAUUAAAAAGGGCAUCCUUGUCAAAUGUAUGCUGUGUAAAAACAAAAAAAUGUACUUUAUGGGAAACCUCUUAGAAUUGUGUUUCAUGUAUAUUACAGACAUAUAUAGAGAGAGACUAUUUUAGCCAGGCCAAGUAUUUUUGCAGUGAUUGGAAUAAAUCAUUUAUUACCUUGGAGUCCCAUUCGGGACACUAAUUAAAUAAAAUCAUGGCAAUG